AUGCCGUUCAUGUUGUCUUGGCCCAAUUCGGUCUUCUAUGGUGAGGAAGAUGUUAUCGACACCCCACGGCCGAAGGAGCUGUCCCAGACCCCAACAAAUGUGAGCCAUUUCGAGGCCUUGACCACUCGAAGUUUGACGCUCGUUCGGACGAGGGAAUCAGGCAAGGAUUCGGGGCCCCCUCCGGACGGCGGCUUCAGGGCAUGGUUCCAGACCCUGAAGCGACCGCCCUCUGAUAUAUCCUGGGUUGGCAGUAUUCAGAUCUUUCUACUGUUCUUUAUUGGGACUUUCUCGGGACGUGCCACCGACGCCGGAUACUUCAAAGUCAUCCUGAUUCUCGGGGCUAUACUCGAGCUAUUUUGCAUCUUUAUGACUUCCCUGUGCACUCAGUACUGGCAACUGUUUCUGGCACAGGGGGUCGGCCAGGGGAUUGGCUGCGGGCUCAUGUUUUGCCCGACUAUUGCUCUGAUUCCGACGUAUUUUACUAAGAAACGAGCCAUCGCGAUUGGCAUAACAGCCUCGGGAUCGGCCACAGGAGGGCUGGUCUUUCCGGCGGUGGUCAUGCGGCUUCUACCCCAGAUUGGGUACGGAUGGACGGUGCGAACGUUGGGCUUCAUUUCGCUAGCUACGUUGACACCUUGCUUGAUCUUUCUUCAGCAAAGGCUGCCACCCCGUCGUAGUGGACCACUGAUCGAGUUAACCGCCUUCCGGGAGACUUCCUAUGCGCUCUUUGCGCUGGGAAUGUUCCUGAACUUUUGGGGUCUCUACGUGGGGUUCUUCUAUAUCAGCAGCUUUGCGCAAGAAAUCGUCCGCGUCUCUGAGUCUACCUCGAUUGAUGUGCUUCUGGUGAUGAAUGGGGUAGGCCUGGUGGGUCGCUUGAUCCCCAACCUACUGGCGGACUGGUACACAGGCCCGUUGAAUAUGCUCAUCCCUUUCAGCCUGAUAACUGGAGUAGUGGCCUACUGCUGGGCGGUGGUAGGGAGCUAUAACGGUCUGUACGCUUUCAGUGCCUUCUAUGGGCUUGCAGCGGCCGGCAUCCAAUCCUUGUUUCCUGCCACAUUAAGUACAUUGACCACCGACUUGAAAAAGGCAGGAGUUCGCAUGGGGAUGGUGUUGAGUGUAGUGGCAGUGGCCGCCCUUAUUGGCCCCCCUAUCGCGGGAGCUCUGAUGUUCAUGGGGAGUGCCAUUCUAGCGGGCACAUUGACUUUGAUUGCAGCGCGCACAAGCAGAUUAGGCCUUCGUGAUGUUCAACCCAUUGAUAAAGAUGGAAAUCCUGUUGGCCUUUGGAGGGAUCCCGAGGAGAACAAUCUCUCUUCUGCCGAGGAAGAGGAAUCUUCCGAAUCAGGCUCCGAAGAGUCAUCCGACAAUGAUGAUGAUGAACCUUCCAACAACGCCAGACCCGGUCCGUCUUCCAUACCUGUUGCGAGCAGCAGCGGUACGAACGAAAUGACGCGUGAGGAGCGGCGUGCGGCCGCCAAAGCGAAAAAGCAGGCUGCCCAGGCUCGCCGGAUGCACACCGCCGCUCAACCGGGUGACCUGCCCCCUUCGAACUCAGACGAAUCAGGCAACGAUACCGACGACGAUGACGACGACCUACCAGCCAAUCCCAACCACACGGCCAAAUCACGCUCCCAGCUCAGCGACAACCAGGAAGACGCGCAAGAGCCGCAAGGCGAUUUAUCGCAGUUGUCGCGGCGGGAGCGUGAGGCGAUCGAGGCUCAUCAGGCGCGACAACGCUACUUGAAGCUUCACGCCGAGGGUAAGACAGAGGAGGCUCGCUCCGACUUGGCCCGCUUGGCGAUCGUUCGCGAACAGCGUGAGGCCGAUCGGCUGCGCAAGGAAGCCGAGAAAGAGGAGAAGGUCGAGCUCGCGAAGCAGCGCGCCGCCGAACGAGAUGCCAAGUUGCAAGCUGCCAAGGGUGGGAAGAAGAAAGGUGCGCCAAAGAGAAAGUAAACGCUACGCAAUAGACAUCUCCAAUUUGGUUUUACUUCCCGCUGCCGCUGGUGCACGUCAUUUACAUUGAUUUUGUAUAGGUUUUGGAAUCAUGAUUGGCCUUACUUCCCCUUCUAGUCUCCUUUAUCAAAUCCUUGGUAGAAAUAUAGAGCUACACACGUGACAU